ACCGGGUGCCGGCGGCUCUCCCGGAGGAGCCUCUGCGGCGGGCACGGACGGCGGCGGGAUCCGAGGCACGGCGCGGGGACAUGCCGGCGGAGCGCACCCGGAGACUACACCAUCUGUAAAGCUCUGUGGAAGAUUGAGGUGUGUGCUGCAAUGGUGACAUAAAUAUUUCAGAGGACUGGAACAAAUUGUUGAGAAUCUCUGUUUGAUUUUCAUGCUGCUGUUGAGAGAUAUCUAAGGCAAGUAAACACCAUGAGUUUUAUCCUGAAACUUCACAGACAUUUUCAAAGAACAGUAAUUUUGCUGGCCACUUUUUGUAUGGUGAGCAUAGUUAUUUCUGCCUACUACUUGUAUAAUGGCUACAAACAGGAAAAUGAACUUCCUGAAACCUCUUCAGAAGUGGAAUGUGGUGAUCCUCAACUGUUGCCAUACAAGCUGAUGGAGAUGAAGACCACGAAGCCUGUUGAUCCCCUGAGGACAGACCUUGUAGUGCUGGUGUUUGUGGAAAGCCAGUACUCAACGUUAGGCCAAGAUAUAAUAACCAUUCUGGAAUCUAGCAGGUUUCAGUUUCACAUUGAGAUUGCAUCUGGGAAAGGUGACCUCCCAGUGCUUAUAGACAAAAACAAAGGCAAAUACGCCCUGAUAGUGUAUGAAAAUAUCCUAAAGUACGUGAAUAUGGACUCGUGGAACAGAGGCCUUCUAGAUAAGUACUGUGUAGAAUACGGUGUGGGUGUGAUCGGAUUUCACAAAGGCAAUGAGAACAGCUUGCAGAGCUUUCAGUUGAAGGGUUUUCCUUUCCAUGUCCACAGCAAUCUGGGUAUUAAGGACUGUUGCAUUAACCCUCAUUCCCCACUCCUCCAUGUGACUAAACCUUCUAAACUUGAAAAAGGGCCCUUGCUUGGAAAUGACUGGGCCGUUUUCCAGAUUAAUCACACAGCUUAUCAACCAGUGGUGUUUGCAAAAGUAAAGACACCAGAAAACCUUUCUCCACCUGCUGCUAUAAGUGCUCUCUAUGCCACGGUAAUUCAUGACUUGGGGCUCCACGAUGGGAUUCAACGAGUCCUUUUCGGCAAUAACUUGAAUUUUUGGCUGCACAAGCUGAUUUUCAUAGAUGCCAUCUCUUUCCUCUCUGGAAAGAAGCUCACACUGUCCUUGGAUAGGUACAUUCUGGUUGACAUAGAUGAUAUCUUCGUUGGCAAGGAUGGAACAAGGAUGAACACCAACGAUGUACAGGCCCUGCUUGAUACUCAGAAUCUUUUGAGAGCCCAGAUUACAAAUUUUACUUUCAACCUGGGAUUUUCAGGAAAAUUCUAUCACACAGGGACUGAGGAGGAGGAUGAGGGUGAUGAUCUGCUGCUGAGAUCUGUGGAUGAGUUCUGGUGGUUUCCCCACAUGUGGAGUCACAUGCAGCCACACCUCUUCCACAAUGAGUCCUCACUGGUGGAGCAGAUGAUCCUCAACAAAAAAUUUGCCUUAGAACAUGGUAUUCCAACAGACUUGGGCUAUGCAGUGGCUCCACACCACUCAGGAGUCUAUCCAGUGCAUGUUCAACUUUAUGAUGCCUGGAAAAAGGUCUGGAACAUCAGAGUUACCAGCACAGAAGAAUAUCCACAUCUGAAACCUGCAAGGUACAGACGAGGCUUCAUCCACAAAAACAUCAUGGUGCUUCCUCGGCAGACUUGUGGCUUAUUCACCCACACCAUUUUCUAUAAAGAGUAUCCUGGAGGUCCAAAGGAAUUAGAUAAAAGUAUUCAAGGAGGAGAGUUGUUCUUCACAGUGGUUCUCAAUCCAAUCAGCAUCUUCAUGACACACCUGUCUAACUACGGCAACGACCGCCUGGGCUUGUACACCUUUGUCAAUCUGGCCAACUUCGUUCACACCUGGACAAACCUGAAACUGCAAACCCUUCCCCCAGUCCAGCUGGCUCACAAGUAUUUUGAGCUGUUUCCUGAGCAGAAGGACCCUCUCUGGCAGAACCCCUGUGAUGACAAAAGGCACAGAGAUAUCUGGUCUAAGGAAAAAACCUGUGAUCGAUUACCAAAAUUCUUGGUUGUAGGACCCCAGAAAACUGGUACUACAGCCUUGUAUUUGUUCCUGGUCAUGCAUCCUUCCAUCAUUAGUAACUCCCCCAGCCCAAAAACCUUUGAGGAGGUACAGUUCUUUAAUAGAAAUAACUACCACAGGGGGAUUGAUUGGUACAUGGAUUUCUUUCCCACUCCUUCUAAUGUCACCACUGACUUCCUCUUUGAGAAAAGUGCCAACUAUUUCCAUUCUGAGGAAGCUCCCAGGAGAGCUGCUUCCCUCAUCCCCAAGGCCAAGAUCAUCACCAUCCUCAUCGACCCGUCCGACCGCGCCUACUCCUGGUACCAGCACCAGCGAUCCCACGAAGACCCUGCAGCUCUGAAAUUCAGCUUCUAUCAGGUGAUCACAGCAGGCCCUCGAGCCCCCUCUGAGCUCAGAGCUCUCCAGAAGAGAUGCCUGGCACCUGGAUGGUAUGCUACCCACAUUGAAAGAUGGCUCACUUACUUCCCACCUUACCAGUUGCUAAUUAUUGAUGGACAGCAGCUGAGGACUGACCCAUCUACUGUAAUGGAUGAAGUGCAGAAGUUUCUGGGAGUCUCUCCUCACUAUAAUUACUCUGAAGCCCUAACGUUUGAUUCACAUAAAGGAUUCUGGUGUCAGCUCUUGGAAGAAGGAAAAACCAAGUGUCUAGGAAAGAGCAAAGGCAGAAAAUACCCUCCUAUGGAUUCUGAGUGCAGGGCCUUUCUGUCGAGCUACUACAGAGAUCACAAUGUGGAACUGUCAAAACUCCUCCACAAACUGGGACAACCUCUGCCAUCGUGGCUGAGACAGGAGCUACAGAAAGUGAGAUAGCAUUGGAAAAGAGCUUUUUGAAAUCUCCUUCCACACUUGAGUCAUCACAGCUGAACUUUCCAGCAACUGCCAGAAGGUCUUGUAAAAUAUACCUCUUCAAAAAAGUGUAAAGGAUAGAAAUUGUUUCCAUAUGCUGGCAUGUGGAUUGUAAAAAUACAUGUGUUCCUUGGAGCUCUGGUGGGCCAAAUCUUUGUCAUAAACAUUUCUGGGCCUGUGGACUUGUGGACUACUGUGCACAUAUGUGGAAAUUAUUUACAACUGAUAAAAGCAUCAGAGAUACAUGACCUGACCAAUUUCAUGGUAAAUACUCACAUUUUUAUGUAUCAGUUGUAAAGUGUUGUCUCAUGUAGGUUUUGUAACCCUUUGUUGGACCACUGGCAGUUUUUCUUAGGAUUUGGUUCUUGUGUUGCAUAGGAUAACUUAAUGUAGCACAAAAUGCCCAGAGUGCUUCUGCCUUUGGAAUCAGCUUGCUAAUGCCCAGAAUGUGUGCAAACACAGGGGAGCAGUGCAGCUAUCAUGUUUCAUUUAGCUGUGCAUGGCAAAAAAUGCACCCAGCAACAUCUGCAAUCCACAGUGCAGAAAGAAACUAUAAACAAGCCAAACAGAACCUGAGAUUAUAUCUGGUGACAACAGACCCUCAGUGUGGGAAGGGCUUUCGCCUGUAGUUAAUAUUUGUACUGACUGAGAUGUGAAUUACCUGAGCAGAAAUUGGAUUGGGUAUGUGAAGCACACGAGGUGCAGUGUUAGACUUGGACAGUUGUGACCCAGACUGGAGCAGUGCCAGGAAGAGCUUUCACUCCUGGUUCUGUCAGCAGUCAGAUCUGAACACUGCACUCUGGGCUUAGGUUACUCUGAGCCAGGAGUGACUCCACUGAAAUGAAUUAAAAACUCCUAAGAAGCAGAAACAGAUCCUUACUUUUUUUGCCUUAAUUUGCACCAUUACUUUUCCCUUAAUUUAUUUGCUUUUUAACCCAUGCUUUUUCCCCUCAACCUCAUUAAAAUUGUAGCAUCUUUCUGCAACCUUCAGAUGACAUCAGCUGCAAAAGUUUCCAGAUUUCCAGAUGAAAAUACCAGUUCUGUUUCCAGCUACAUUCAACAUGUUGGGUAAUUAAUAUUAGGAAUAAGCUUUAGAGGGGACAGAAAUUACCACGGUGUGUAAUCAUGGUAGAAAAUUGCACUCGAAUCAUGGGAAAAACACAAAUACCAGCCCUUGCAAACAGAUACUUGUGUGAUAGUUCACAGCAAUACAUCUCUCAAGGCAUCAGUUUAGACAGGAGAUGAAGUCAAAUCAGUAAUGCUUAGAAGUCCAG